AUGACAGGACGGUCUGUCUUUCUCUCAUCCGCAUGCUCAUUCAUCCACGAGGUACCAUUUCUCCAGGAAAUCUGCGCGGAUAUCAAGGCUCCAAAUUUUGUCUUUGGGAUACUUCCUGGGUGGUGGGUCGGUGAAGGAGAAGGGAGGGUGGAAGAGCCUUAUAUAUCCCCUGACCGGUGGGAGAGAGAGCUUCGCAACUCCGGCUUCGAGAAUAUAAGGGUCACAAUCUUGGAUGCAGAGUCACCGUGGCAGCUUAAUGCAAUGAUUGUUGCAACGCCUGUCAAGAUUCCUGAAGCCAACUCCGGAGAGAAAUCCAUGACGGUCCUUUGUGACAAUGAAUCCAGGGUUUUGAGAAAUCGCCUUUCAGAACAGUUUCAUACCAACGGCUACCUUGUAACUUCUUGUUCUUUGGAUGACGAAUUACCUGAGCUUUCGAAAAAUAUCCUGGUUGUGCUGGGCAUUCACGCCCCAUUCUUUCAUGAAAUCCCUGCAGCAAGAUUUCAAGCCUUCCAGGGUUUUAUAAAAUGGAUUUCCGAGUCGAAAGUACUUUGGCUUACUCGCUCGUCCCAAAUCAACUGUAAUGACCCUCGCUUCGCGCAGACAAUCGGCUGCGCCCGCGCUCUUCGAUCUGAGCUCUAUGUUAAUUUCGCUACCUGCGAAAUCGAUGAUAUUGAACGGAGUCAGAGAGAUAUUCUUAUGGUGUUCGAAGAAUUCAUCAGCAGAAAACCCGAGGAUAAUCUCAACCCAGAUUACGAAUAUGUUUAUUCCAAAGCGUGA